AUGUUCGCGGACAAGUUGUUUGUAGUUGUUGCGAAUAAUUUUUUCACAAUCAUUUCUUUAACAAUUGUAUCAUAUGUAAUUCAAUUUUACAUUAAUUAUUUUAAUCGAAAAUCAAAACUUCCCGGACCUUUGCCCGUACCAAUUCUUGGAAAUUUACAUCAAAUUGGGAAUGAUUUUCCAUUAGCGGCAGAAUCUUUUCGUCAAAAAUAUGGGGAUCUGUACGAAUUUUAUAUGGGAAGUACGCGUCAUGUCGUGAUUAGUAGAGCCGAUUUAGCAGAAAAAGUAUGGGGACCUUUAUCGAUUAAAAAUACAAAAUUCAUCAUGCGUAACGCAUAUUCUGAAGGUGUUGAUGAACUUGGAUUAGGUACCAGGGGAAUGGUAUUAAAUCGAGAUAUUGAAUCUUGGUCAUUUAAUAGAAAGUUCUUGGUUCAAAGUACUUCAUCACCAUCAUUCUUACGUGAAGCAAUUAAAUUGACAAGUAAGGUUAAUGAAGAAGUCUUUAAAUAUUGGAAGAUCAUGGAAAAAGUAGGAAUGCCAAUUUCAAUUCCUGAUUGGAUGGAUGUUAUAGGAAUUGAUGUUGUUGUCACCACCGCGACGGGAAAAAGGAUGUCUUCAACGGCAGAAUUUUUCAACAAGUUAAAUAUUAAUGAACAAAAAUCUGAGAUAAAAGGAAUGUGGAACAAUGGUAUAAAAUUUGCUGAAGCGAUCUUUACUUAUAAUGAAUCAAUGGCUUUCAUGAUAGAUUUAGAAAAGAUUAGCGUUGGUAAAAAUGAUCAACCGUUAGCGAACGAUCAAUUAAGCUCAAUAUUACGUGAAGUGUUUACCGGUGGAUUGGAUACUACUUCAAAUACUAUAUCAUACGUUAUUUACUUUAUCGCUAAAUAUCGUGAUAUUUAUUUGAAAAUACGAGAUGAAGUAUUAAAAGUUUAUGGUACACUUGAUAAUCCUAAUAUCGUAUUUGAAUCUUUUGAAAAACUCAAGUACAUGGAUGCUGUAAUUCAAGAAGCAAUUCGCUGCUUUCCUACAAUAUCAUUAAUAUCUCGCGCUGCAACCGAAGAUGUUGACUUUGAUGGAUUUAUCAUUGAAGCUGACACAACAGUUUAUACGAAUUUGAAAGCGUUGAGUAAUAAUCCUAAAUACUUUACAGACCCCGAAAAAUUUAAUCCGGAUAGAUUCUUAAAUGAUAAAGGAUCGAUGGUUAAAUAUUCUUUUCUACCUUUUGGCAAUGGUGUACGUAUGUGCCCUGGUCGUGCUUGGGCCAUGGUUCAAAUGAAAACUUUUUUGAUUAAAUUGGUUUCUACAUUUGAUAUUGAAUUAGUUGAUAAAAAUGCCGAAGUAAAAUAUAAGUAUGCUACAGUAAAUCGUCCUGUAGACAUAAACCUUCAUAUCAAGGCUAGAAAAGAUUAA